GGCUCCGAAGGCGGGUUCGUGGCGCCCGAGUACCGGGAGGAGGGCGCCGCCGCGGCCAGCCGCGUCCGCAGGCGAGGACAGCAGGACGUGCUCCGAGGGCCCAAUGUGUGCGGCUCCAGGUUUCACUCCUAUUGCUGUCCUGGCUGGAAGACGCUUCCCGGAGGAAAUCAGUGCAUUGUCCCAAUUUGUAGAAACAGUUGUGGAGAUGGAUUUUGUUCCCGACCUAACAUGUGUACUUGUUCCAGCGGCCAAAUAUCACCGACUUGUGGAGCAAAAUCAAUUCAGCAGUGCAGUGUGCGGUGCAUGAAUGGUGGGACCUGUGCAGAUGAGCACUGCCAGUGCCAGAAGGGAUAUAUUGGAACCUACUGUGGACAACCUGUCUGUGAAAAUGGAUGCCAAAAUGGUGGGCGUUGUAUUGGACCCAACCGCUGUGCUUGUGUUUAUGGCUUCACUGGUCCACAAUGUGAAAGAGACUACAGGACGGGCCCAUGUUUCACUCAGGUCAACAACCAGAUGUGCCAAGGGCAGCUGACGGGCAUCGUCUGCACAAAGACUCUCUGCUGUGCCACCAUUGGAAGGGCGUGGGGCCAUCCCUGUGAGAUGUGUCCUGCCCAACCCCAGCCCUGCCGGCGGGGCUUCAUCCCCAACAUCCGCACUGGAGCCUGCCAAGAUGUGGAUGAGUGCCAGGCGAUCCCAGGCAUUUGCCAGGGAGGCAACUGUAUCAACACAGUGGGCUCUUUUGAGUGCAGAUGUCCUGCGGGUCACAAGCAGAGCGAAACUACACAGAAAUGUGAAGACAUCGAUGAGUGCAGCAUCAUUCCUGGGAUAUGUGAAACGGGCGAGUGUUCCAACACCGUGGGAAGCUAUUUUUGUGUUUGUCCACGUGGAUAUGUAACCUCAACAGAUGGCUCUCGGUGCAUCGAUCAGAGAACAGGCACGUGUUUCUCGGGCCUGGUGAACGGUCGCUGUGCACAAGAGCUCCCAGGGAGAAUGACGAAAACGCAGUGCUGCUGUGAGCCUGGUCGCUGCUGGGGAGUUGGAACCCUUCCUGAAGCCUGUCCUGUCAGGGGCUCUGAGGAGUACCGCAGACUUUGCAUGGAGGGACUUCCCAUGGGAGGGAUUCCAGGGAAUGCUGGUUCCAGACCUGGAGGCCCUGGGGGGAAUGGCUUUAUCCCCAAUGGCAAUGGCAAUGGCAAUGGCUAUGGCCCAGGAGGGGCAGGCUUCCUCCCCAUCCCUGGAGGCAAUGGCUUUUCUCCUGGUGUCGGGGGAGCUGGUGUGGGAGCUGGGGGACAAGGACCCAUCAUCACUGGAUUAACAAUUCUGAACCAGACAAUAGAUAUCUGUAAGCACCAUGCUAAUCUUUGCUUAAAUGGGCGCUGCAUACCUACUGUUUCUAGCUACCGAUGUGAAUGCAACAUGGGUUAUAAGCAGGAUGCCAACGGAGAUUGUAUAGAUGUUGAUGAAUGCACAUCAAAUCCCUGCACUAAUGGAGAUUGUGUUAACACACCUGGAUCCUAUUAUUGUAAAUGUCAUGCUGGAUUCCAGAGGACUCCUACCAAGCAAGCAUGCAUCGACAUCGAUGAGUGCAUCCAGAACGGGGUUCUUUGUAAAAAUGGUCGAUGUGUGAACACAGAUGGAAGUUUCCAGUGCAUUUGCAAUGCCGGCUUUGAAUUAACUACAGAUGGAAAAAACUGUGUUGAUCACGACGAAUGUACAACUACCAACAUGUGUUUAAAUGGGAUGUGCAUCAAUGAGGAUGGCAGCUUCAAGUGCAUCUGCAAACCGGGCUUUGUCCUGGCUCCCAACGGGCGCUACUGCACCGAUGUGGACGAGUGCCAGACCCCCGGAAUCUGCAUGAACGGGCACUGUAUGAAUAAUGAAGGCUCCUUCCGCUGUGACUGUCCCCCAGGCCUGGCUGUGGGUGUAGAUGGACGUGUGUGUGUUGAUACUCACAUGCGCAGUACCUGCUACGGUGGAAUCAAGAAAGGAGCGUGUGUGCGUCCUUUCCCAGGUGCAGUGACUAAGUCCGAGUGCUGCUGUGCAAACCCAGACUAUGGUUUUGGAGAGCCCUGCCAGCCCUGCCCCGCCAAAAACUCAGCUGAAUUCCAUGGUCUUUGUAGUAGUGGAGUAGGGAUCACCGUGGAUGGAAGAGAUAUCAAUGAGUGUGCUUUGGACCCUGAUAUAUGUGCCAAUGGGAUUUGUGAAAACUUACGUGGCAGCUACCGUUGUAACUGCAACAGUGGCUAUGAACCAGAUGCCUCCGGAAGAAACUGCAUUGACAUUGAUGAGUGUUUAGUAAACAGACUGCUUUGCGACAAUGGGCUGUGCCGGAACACACCUGGGAGUUACAGCUGCACCUGCCCGCCUGGCUAUGUGUUCCGGACGGAGACCGAGACCUGCGAAGAUAUAAAUGAAUGUGAAAGCAACCCAUGUGUCAAUGGGGCUUGCAGGAACAACCUUGGAUCUUUCAAUUGUGAAUGUUCGCCUGGCAGCAAGCUCAGCUCCACGGGAUUGAUCUGUAUCGACAGCCUGAAAGGGACGUGUUGGCUCAACAUCCAGGACAACCGCUGUGAGGUGAAUAUUAACGGAGCCACCCUGAAAUCUGAAUGCUGCGCCACCCUGGGAGCUGCCUGGGGGAGCCCUUGUGAGCGCUGUGAGCUAGAUACAGCUUGCCCACGAGGAUUCGCCAGGAUUAAAGGGGUUACUUGUGAAGACGUUAAUGAGUGCGAGGUGUUUCCUGGCGUUUGUCCAAAUGGUCGCUGUGUCAAUAGCAAAGGAUCUUUUCAUUGUGAGUGCCCGGAAGGCCUUACGUUGGAUGGAACUGGCCGCGUAUGUCUGGACAUCCGAAUGGAGCAGUGCUACCUCAAAUGGGAUGAAGAUGAGUGUGUCCACCCUGUUCCUGGGAAGUUCCGCAUGGAUGCCUGCUGCUGUGCUGUGGGGGCAGCUUGGGGCACCGAGUGUGAAGAAUGCCCCAAACCCAGCACCAAGGAGUAUGAGACCCUGUGCCCCCGAGGCCCUGGCUUUGCUAACAGAGGGGAUGUCCUCACAGGGCGGCCAUUUUACAAAGAUAUCAACGAAUGCAAAGCCUUCCCUGGGAUGUGCACCUACGGGAAGUGCCGGAACACCAUUGGAAGUUUCAAGUGCCGGUGUAACAGCGGAUUUGCUCUGGACAUGGAGGAAAGAAACUGCACAGACAUUGACGAGUGCAGGAUCUCUCCUGACCUCUGCGGGAGCGGCAUCUGUGUCAAUACCCCUGGCAGCUUUGAAUGCGAGUGCUUCGAGGGCUACGAAAGUGGCUUCAUGAUGAUGAAGAACUGCAUGGACAUUGACGAAUGUGAACGUAACCCUCUCCUUUGUAGGGGUGGCACCUGUGUGAACACUGAGGGCAGUUUUCAGUGUGACUGCCCACUGGGCCAUGAGCUGUCACCAUCACGUGAGGACUGUGUGGAUAUCAAUGAGUGCUCCUUGAGUGACAGUCUGUGCAGAAAUGGAAAAUGUGUGAACAUGAUUGGCACCUAUCAGUGCUCUUGCAAUCCUGGGUACCAGGCCACGCCAGACCGCCAGGGCUGUACAGACAUUGAUGAGUGUAUGAUCAUGAACGGGGGCUGUGACACACAGUGUACAAACUCAGAAGGAAGCUAUGAGUGCAGCUGCAGUGAAGGCUACGCCCUGAUGCCGGACGGGAGAUCGUGUGCAGAUAUUGAUGAAUGUGAAAACAACCCUGAAAUCUGUGAUGGUGGCCAGUGCACCAACAUUCCCGGAGAGUACCGCUGUCUGUGUUACGAUGGCUUCAUGGCUUCGAUGGACAUGAAAACAUGCAUUGAUGUAAAUGAAUGUGACUUAAAUUCGAAUAUCUGCAUGUUUGGGGAAUGUGAGAACACCAAGGGAUCCUUCAUUUGCCACUGCCAGCUGGGUUAUUCUGUGAAAAAGGGAACCACGGGAUGCACAGACGUGGAGGAGUGUGAAGUUGGUGCCCACAACUGUGACGUGCACGCACUGUGUCUGAACGUGCCUGGAAGCUUCAAGUGCAGCUGCAGAGAAGGCUGGGUAGGAAACGGCAUCAAGUGCAUUGAUCUGGAUGAAUGUUCUAACGGAACCCACCAGUGCAGCAUAAAUGCUCAGUGUGUAAAUACCCCCGGCUCAUACCGAUGUGCCUGCGCUGAAGGUUUCACUGGAGAUGGCUUCACCUGCUCAGAUGUUGACGAGUGUGCAGAAAACAUAAAUCUCUGUGAGAAUGGACAGUGCCUCAACGUCCCCGGCGCCUAUCGCUGUGAGUGCGAGAUGGGCUUCACGCCAGCCUCGGACAGCAGGUCCUGCCAAGAUAUUGAUGAAUGCUCCUUCCAAAAUAUUUGUGUCUUUGGGACGUGUAAUAAUUUGCCUGGAAUGUUUCACUGUAUCUGUGAUGAUGGUUAUGAACUGGAUAGAACCGGAGGGAACUGUACAGAUAUUGAUGAGUGUGCAGAUCCCAUCAACUGUGUCAAUGGGCUUUGUGUCAAUACGCCUGGCCGCUAUGAAUGUAACUGCCCACCCGAUUUCCAGCUAAACCCCACUGGCGUGGGGUGCGUGGACAACCGCGUGGGCAACUGCUACCUGAAGUUUGGUCCUCGAGGAGACGGAAGCCUUUCCUGCAACACGGAGAUUGGAGUGGGCGUGAGUCGCUCCUCCUGCUGCUGCUCUCUGGGGAAGGCCUGGGGAAACCCCUGUGAGACCUGCCCCCCUGUCAAUAGCACUGAAUACUACACCCUCUGUCCUGGAGGUGAAGGCUUUAGACCUAACCCCAUCACAAUCAUCUUAGAAGACAUUGAUGAGUGCCAGGAGUUGCCAGGUCUCUGCCAAGGUGGAAACUGUAUCAACACCUUCGGGAGCUUCCAGUGUGAAUGCCCGCAAGGCUACUACCUCAGCGAGGAAACCCGCAUCUGUGAAGAUAUUGAUGAGUGUUUCGCACAUCCUGGCGUGUGUGGGCCCGGGACCUGCUAUAACACCCUAGGAAACUACACCUGCAUUUGCCCGCCUGAAUACAUGCAGGUCAAUGGGGGUCACAACUGCAUGGAUAUGAGAAAAAGCUUCUGCUACCGAAGCUACAAUGGAACCACAUGUGAGAAUGAGUUGCCUUUUAACGUGACAAAGAGGAUGUGCUGCUGCACGUACAAUGUGGGCAAAGCUUGGAACAAACCUUGUGAACCAUGCCCAACACCAGGAACAGCUGACUUUAAAACCAUAUGUGGAAAUAUUCCUGGAUUCACCUUUGACAUUCACACAGGAAAAGCUGUUGACAUUGAUGAAUGUAAGGAGAUUCCAGGCAUUUGUGCUAAUGGUGUGUGCAUUAACCAGAUUGGCAGUUUCCGCUGUGAAUGCCCUACAGGAUUCAGUUACAAUGACCUGCUGUUGGUCUGUGAAGACAUUGACGAGUGCAGCAAUGGCGAAAAUCUCUGCCAACGCAACGCAGACUGCAUCAACAGCCCCGGCAGUUACCGCUGUGAAUGUGCUACAGGCUUCAAACUCUCACCCAACGGAGCCUGUGUGGAUCGCAAUGAAUGUUUGGAAAUUCCUAAUGUUUGCAGUCAUGGCCUGUGUGUUGAUUUGCAAGGAAGUUACCAGUGCAUCUGCCACAAUGGCUUUAAGGCUUCUCAAGACCAAACUAUGUGCAUGGAUGUGGACGAGUGCGAGCGGCACCCGUGCGGAAACGGAACCUGUAAAAACACCGUUGGGUCCUACAACUGCCUGUGCUACCCAGGCUUCGAACUCACUCACAACAACGACUGCCUCGACAUAGAUGAGUGCAGCUCCUUUUUCGGUCAGGUGUGCAGAAAUGGACGAUGUUUUAAUGAGAUCGGCUCCUUUAAGUGUUUAUGUAAUGAAGGUUAUGAACUUACUCCAGAUGGCAAAAACUGCAUAGACACUAAUGAAUGUGUUGCCCUUCCUGGCUCUUGUUCCCCUGGGACCUGUCAGAAUUUGGAGGGCUCCUUCAGGUGCAUCUGUCCCCCAGGAUAUGAAGUAAAGAGCGAGAACUGCAUCGAUAUAAAUGAAUGUGAUGAAGAUCCCAACAUUUGUCUUUUCGGUUCCUGCACCAACACACCUGGCGGCUUCCAGUGCAUCUGCCCUCCUGGCUUCGUGCUGUCUGACAAUGGGCGGAGGUGCUUUGAUACUCGCCAGAGUUUCUGCUUCACAAAUUUUGAAAAUGGGAAGUGUUCUGUACCCAAAGCUUUCAACACGACAAAAGCAAAGUGCUGCUGCAGUAAGAUGCCUGGCGAGGGCUGGGGGGACCCCUGUGAAUUGUGCCCCAAGGACGAUGAAGUUGCAUUCCAAGAUUUGUGUCCAUAUGGCCAUGGGACCGUCCCAAGUCUCCAUGACACGCGUGAAGAUGUCAAUGAAUGUCUGGAAAGCCCAGGCAUUUGCUCAAACGGUCAGUGUAUCAACACGGAUGGCUCCUUCCGCUGUGAAUGUCCAAUGGGCUACAACCUUGAUUACACAGGAGUGCGCUGUGUGGAUACCGAUGAGUGUUCAAUUGGCAACCCAUGUGGAAACGGUACAUGCACCAAUGUUAUUGGGAGUUUCGAAUGCAACUGCAAUGAAGGCUUUGAACCGGGACCCAUGAUGAAUUGUGAAGAUAUAAAUGAAUGUGCCCAAAACCCACUGCUGUGUGCUUUCCGCUGCAUGAACACCUUCGGAUCCUAUGAAUGCACGUGCCCGAUUGGCUACGCCCUCAGGGAAGACCAAAAGAUGUGCAAAGAUCUAGAUGAAUGUGCUGAAGGGCUGCACGACUGUGAAUCCAGAGGCAUGAUGUGUAAGAAUCUGAUCGGCACCUUCAUGUGCAUCUGUCCACCUGGCAUGACGCGAAGGCCCGAUGGAGAGGGCUGUGUGGAUGAAAAUGAAUGCAGAACCAAGCCAGGAAUCUGUGAAAAUGGGCGCUGUGUUAACAUCAUUGGAAGCUAUAGGUGCGAGUGUAACGAAGGGUUCCAGUCAAGUUCCUCCGGCACUGAAUGCCUUGACAAUCGGCAGGGACUCUGCUUCGCCGAGGUGCUGCAGACCAUGUGUCAGAUGGCGUCCAGCAGCCGCAAUCUGGUCACCAAAUCAGAAUGCUGCUGUGACGGCGGGAGAGGCUGGGGCCACCAGUGUGAGCUUUGCCCGCUUCCUGGAACUGCCCAGUACAAGAAGCUCUGCCCUCAUGGCCCGGGGUACACCACAGACGGGAGAGACAUUGAUGAAUGUAAGGUAAUGCCCAACCUGUGCACCAAUGGCCAGUGCAUCAAUACCAUGGGCUCCUUCCGAUGCUUCUGCAAGGUUGGCUACACCACAGACAUCAGCGGGACGUCUUGUGUAGACCUUGAUGAAUGUUCCCAGUCUCCAAAACCAUGCAACUUCAUCUGCAAGAACACGGAAGGGAGUUACCAGUGCUCCUGUCCACGGGGCUACGUUCUGCAGGAGGAUGGGAAGACCUGCAGAGACCUCGAUGAAUGCCAAACCAAACAACACAACUGCCAGUUCCUCUGUGUCAACACCCUAGGGGGUUUCACCUGUAAAUGUCCACCUGGUUUCACUCAGCAUCACACUGCAUGCAUUGACAACAACGAAUGUGGGUCUCAGCCCUCCCUCUGCGGAGCAAAGGGAAUCUGCCAGAACACCCCUGGGAGCUUCAGCUGCGAGUGCCAGAGAGGGUUCUCGCUUGAUGCUACUGGAUUGAACUGUGAAGAUGUUGAUGAAUGCGAUGGAAACCACAGGUGCCAGCAUGGCUGCCAGAACAUCCUGGGCGGCUACAGGUGUGGCUGCCCGCAAGGCUACAUCCAGCAUUACCAGUGGAAUCAGUGUGUUGAUGAGAACGAAUGCUCCAACCCAGGUGCCUGCGGCUCUGCCUCCUGCUACAACACCCUGGGGAGCUACAAGUGUGCCUGCCCCUCGGGGUUCUCCUUUGACCAGUUCUCCAGUGCCUGCCAUGAUGUGAACGAGUGCUCCUCCUCUAAGAACCCAUGCAAUUACGGCUGCUCCAACACAGAAGGCGGAUACCUCUGCGGAUGUCCGCCCGGCUACUACAGAGUGGGCCAGGGCCACUGUGUCUCAGGAAUGGCAUUCAACAAAGGGCAGUACCUGUCGCUGGACACAGACGUGGAUGAGGAGAAUGCUUUGUCCCCAGAAACAUGCUAUGAGUGCAAAAUCAAUGGCUACGCCAAAAAAGACAGCAGGCAGAAGAGGAGCGUUACCCACCCAGAGCCCGCUGCCGUGGAACAAAUCAGCCUGGAGAGUGUCGACAUGGACAGCCCAGUCAGCAUGAAGUUCAACCUCUCUGGCCUUGGCUCGAAGGAGCACAUCCUGGAGCUCAUGCCCGCCAUCGAGCCCCUUAACAACCACAUUCGCUACGUCAUCUCCCAAGGGAAUGACGAUGGCCUCUUCCGCAUCCACCAGAGGAACGGGCUCAGCUACCUGCACACGACCAAGAGGAAGCCCAUGCCCGGCACGUACACACUGGAAAUCACUAGCAUCCCCCUGUACAGGAAGAAAGAGCUUAGGAAACUGGAAGAGCGCAAUGAGGAUGACUACCUCAUGGGAGAACUCGGGGAGGCUCUCAGAAUGCGGCUGCAGAUUCAGCUCUAUUAACCGUUCACAGACGUGGUUCCAGGCUCAGAUCCCAGCACAGGCAGCCUUCAGAAGCAUUGGAAAAGUCAGUGACUAACUUCAAAGAGGGAAAACAAAUGACAUUCGUUUCUUUCUCCCUGCCUCAGACUUUGGAGCGAUGGCCCUCACAGGCAGGGAUGAUGCAGACUCUGGUGUGGCCACAGAUCUGAGUACAAAGGCAGCCGUGGUUACUGUAUUUUUUUUAUAUAACUUCAUUUUAAAAUGUAUUAAAAAAGAAACCUAAAUGUUCAAGAGAUCAGCAUAUGGCACUAAAUGCACAAAAUAAUGUGAGCUUGUUUUUUUCCUGUUAGCAGUCUGUAACACUUUGGGUAUUUUGCUAUAGUUGCUAAUUAAAAAAAUAUAGAUGUUUAUUUAUUUUUAAUGCAGUAAUAUAUGGAGAAAUGAACAAACUAUGUAAACAAAAAGGGAAACUCACUUGUUUUUCUUUAGAUUUAUAAAUUUGAGCUAUUUUAGAGGUGCUUUUUUUAAAAAAUUCAGUAGAUUCAAGAGAUGUUUCCUUUGGUUUUUCUGCCAGUCAUCCAACUGAUACACACCUGAUUAUCUUAAAGAAAGCCUCAGAGAGCUGAAUGGGCAGUGUAGUCAGUAAUUUAAAAGACAUGGGUGCUGUUACAUCCUGUGUAAAGGAGAGCAAAGCUAAAGCAGCUCAUCGUGAGAAUAUCUCACAUCACCAGCUACACCAGGCAACAGAAGAUGAAACACAACCACUGUAGCAAAAUACCUUGACUGCUUGUGAGACCGUUAGCAUUGCAGGCCAGACUGUACUGUAUUUCCUUCUCAUAACCUCAAGGAACCACAGGUGCUACCCACAACACCUCAUUCCUACCCAGGGUGCGCAGCGCACUUGUGGUCCCGUAGGCAGCUGAAGAAACGCCGUUCCUUUGAACAGGAACACCUGGCGUUCUGUAGCGUUUGGUGCUGUCUUAGAUUAAUGGUGCAUUUAUUACGUUCAAGCUGUUUCAGGAUUGCCAUAUGUGCAAACAAAUCAUGCAGUGCAGCCAAGGAAUAUAUGUUGUUUUUUUUAAAUCCAUUUUUUUUAGAAUUUUCAUUAAUACUGUAGUUAUACACCAUAUGCCUCAUUUUAUCAUAGCUUAUUGUGUAUGAAAGAUGUUUGUACAAUGAAUUGAUGUUUAGUUUGCUUUAGUCAUUUAAAAAGAUAUUGUACCAGGAGGUGCUAAUAAAGUAUGUUUCCGUGUUCUUUACCCAAGAACCAGUCCCUCGACCGGUGAACAAACCUCAUAUGUGAAACGGCCAAAGAACGCCCAGAUUCCCAGUUGUCCCUCGCACACCUCUGUUGACCAAAGAUUAGUAACCAGUUAUAUCCAGUGUUUGGGGUUUUUUGACUCUUUUUUUGUUGCAUAAUAACUAAAAGAAAGAAAAACUGUACAUUUGUAAUCAAGUGUUUGUGAGGAAAAACUUAAGGUUUUUGGUUUUGUCUUUGUAGGUCUAUGUAUGAAAUACAACACUUUUCUUGCAAUAAAGCUUAUU